AUGGGUCAGGUGUCCAGAUACGUGGAGUCUCGGCCUCGUCACAAUCCGCUCUGCUUCCGCGAGAUCCUGCGGGGGCCCCUCAACAACAACAACACAGGACACCGGCAGUGUAACAGGCCCCGGGGGAAACGAGCCGGCAAUAGGAACAGGUUGAGGCUACGAGCACACCUACCACCACUGCCUAGCAUCCUGCUCGCGAACGUCCAGUCCCUGGACAACAAGCUGGACGAGCUCAGAGCCAGGAUCAGGUACCAGAGGGACACAAGAGACUGCAACAUCAUCUGCCUGAUGGAGACAUGGUUGACUCCCACCAUACCGGACCAUGCCGUUCAACCAGCGGAGUGCUUCACAGUUCAUCGUAUGGACAGAACGCCUGACGCCGUCUACAUCCACCCGCAGGCAGACACGGACGCUACAUUAGCCGAACAACAUGAGGCUAUCUCCAGCUACCAGGCUAACCACCAGGAGGCAGCCCUCAUCGUGGCUGGGGACUUUAACAGUGCUGACCUGAGGAAGGUGAUGCCAGAACUCCACCAGCACAUUGCCUUCCCCACCAGAGGAGGCAGAACUUUGGACCUCUGUUACUCUCCCUUCAGAGACGAUUAUGCAGCAAAGACUCAACCACCAUUCGGCAGGUCAGACCACGCCUCCAUUCUCCUUCUGCCCAGACACCCUGGAUGUCCACCUGAGCAUGACGUCACCACGCUGUCCAUAGCUCCACUCGGGUUGCCAGGUCAGUCUCAGGUAAUCGGUCCAUCUCAGCCAAUAGUGGCAACACUUGGUGAUUCCAUCAUUUUGCCAAGUUAUCUGGAACCUGCAUACGAUGCUACGACCACAACAGUGGAGUGGGCCAGACCUGACCUGAACCCCAGAUUUAUCUAUGUGUCACGGAGUGGUCAGGACCUCGAAAAAUUGAAAAAUCCUGCCUACAAAGGGAGAACAUCAAUGUUCACUGAUGAACUGAAGCACGGAAACAUUUCACUGAAACUCUCCAAAGUGAAACAGGAUGAUGCAGGGAGAUACAGAUGCUUCAUUCCUGAGAUACAAGAAGACACGUUCAUGGAUCUUGUUGUCG